CUGGAAACUUUCUGCUUGGAGGCUCGUAUCAGGGCGGAGACUGGCCCGCCUCCCUGAGCCAGAGACGCUCCGCGCGUCGCGGUGAGAUCCCCCGGGCUUUCCAGCUGAAGCCGGCAAUCGCGCGCGGCCCGGAGCGACGAUGGGGAGGCCGGUGUUCAGGAGGUCCUUCUGUCGUCUGUCUGCCUACAGAUUGAUUUGGUUCUUUGCAGCAGUGAUGCCAUGCAGGGCGAAAGUGGUGACUCAAAAUGAAAAAAGGCCACUGAACACACCUGCUUCCUUAAGAUGCUCUCUGCAAAAUUCGGAGGAAGUCUUGAUUGUGACAUGGCAGAAAAUCAAGCCUGUUAGCCCAGAAAACAUGGUCACCUUCAGCAAGAACCAUGGGGUUGUGGUCCAGCCCGCCUAUAAGGACAAGAUAAACAUCACCGAGCUGGAACUCAAGAACUCAACCAUCACGUUCUGGAAUGCCACCCUGGAGGAUGAAGGGUGUUACAAGUGCCUCUUCAAUACUUUUGGUUCUGGGAAGAUCUCAGGAAUAGCCUGCCUCACCCUCUCUGUACAGCCCACAGUGUUCCUUCACUAUAAAUUCUUCGAAGACCACCUGAAUAUCACUUGCUCUGCCAAUGCCCGCCCAGCCCCUGUGAUCUCCUGGAAGGUGUCUGGGUCAGGGAUUGACAACAGUACUGAGGUUCUCUCCCACCCCAAUGGGACCACAUCUGUCACGAGCGUCCUCCAGGUCAAAGACCCCAAGAGUCAGGUGGGGAAGGAGGUGGUCUGCCAGGUGCUUCACCUGGGGAACGUGACCAGCGUCACGCAAACUUUGGAUAAAGGCUUUUGGUUUUCAGUUCCGCUCUUGUUAAGCAUUGUUUCCUUGGUAAUUCUCCUGGUUUUAAUUUCUAUCUUAUUAUACUGGAAACGUCAUCGGAACCAAGACUGAGAGCCGUAGAGGAAUCACACAGAACCCUGAAAAGUUACGCCCUGGUCUACUUGAAUCUGACUCAGGAGGAAGGCAGGAGGAAACGGAUGGUUCUCUGAGGGACAGAAAGAGCAGAAGAGGUAGGGGUAAAAAGACCUAAGAAUUUCAAGAUUUUCUACUGCCAUCUAAGCUACCCAGUGGUUGUGGGAGUUCUAAAAGGAAGUCGUUUUACCUCUCAAGUCUGUUGUAGGACUUGAUUUUGUGAAGCAAUGAAGUAUUGUGCUAUUGAAUGGAGACUGGACUUUGAAUCAGUAGCCACAACUCAGAGGCUGACUCUGGCUCCAUCGAAGGGCAACCCUCUGUUCAUCACUUUAUCUCAAUGAGCAUCCGCACCUGCAUCUAGAAAAUUAGGAAGUUGGAUGAGAUAGUUUGCCAUUCUGCUCUAAAAACUGAUGUAAUUCCAGGGAAAAAAAGGAAUCAAGAAAUGAAGAAGAGAAAGGAGAACACGGGAAGGUGUUAAGGACCAAAGAACUUUUCUGAGAUGACCUUUCACCUUUCUGUUGCUGUUUGAUCUCUUCCAUAUAGUUCUUAGGUCCACAAGUGUGUUUCCUCCUCAUGUGGUGGUGGUAGUUCUCUACCUGCUCACUGCUCUGUUAGUAAGUGAUCUUUCCAGAACCCUUGGUUUCACUGCUGUCCUUCAUGCCCUUCUGUGACUGACGUUUAGCACAAUGAAUAUGAGACUGAAUUCACAGCAAAGUAACAUUGGCAACCUUAACUUUGCUUAUCUACUUGUAUAGAAGAAUAAGUAUUAUUAGCCCAGCAGCUCACAUUUAAAAAAAAAAAAAAUUCCUGUCCCAUUUGACUUAUAACAGGAUCCAGUUGUAUACCAAUCAUUGUGAAUUCAAAAGGAAAUAUAUGAUAAAAUAAAAAGAGGCAUUUAGGAAGUUUCAAAUUCAGUUCAAAGUCAAUUCAAAUGCUUCUCUUUCCUGGCUUCUUUUCCCGUGCAUUAACUUCUCACAACAGUAGAGAAGGUGCGUAGGGGUUUACAAAUCCCUUUGUUUUAAAUAUAUUGUUCUAACUAGUGGAACAUUUUUGAACUCUUAAAAAUCACAAGACCAAAUUAGUGACAUUUGCAGUGCCCUUUGCUUUCUUGUCUCUGCUCAGUGACCUAAGAACUAAAGUAUAUGUUGUUUUCACUAUUGAAUUGGGUAUUUGUAUAUUUAGUAAGCUUUUCAUAUGUUAUUUAAUUCUGUAUUAUUUCUUAGAUUUGUAUUAAGAUACUGGAUGAUUUAAAGUGUCAAAUCUAAGUGUUUUGUUCAUGACACUCUUUUGGAAAAUGGGGACAUUAAUGAUAAUCUUUAGAUUUUCUCUCCGUGUGGGAAAGCCUCCCCUCCCCUCUCUUACCCACUAGAAGAUGCCAGUAACGUUUCUGAUUCAUCACAAAGUAACAAAUCAGAUAGGUCACAAAUCCUGAUCUAGCCAGUGGAAGCUCCAUCAAGUUGAUAACUGUGUCCUUUGGAUGUGACCUCAUCAAUGUGAGAGCACUUCCUCAUAUAUGCUCUUUUGGUUUUGUUUUAGGUAUCAACUUUGCAAACUGAUUAGCUUGCUACAGUUCUGAAUAUAAUCGGAGCUACCACCCUGCCCUGUAUCUCAAUGGUCAGAUCAGGCAGGAUAACUAAAGCAGCAAUUCUCAAAAAUUUAGGAUGUGUUUAAAAACAUUAUUGAGGAUCCUCAAGAGCUUUCUUGUAAAGAGAAGUGUUUGCUGAUACUUACCACAUUUGAAAUUCGUGCUUAUAAAUUUUAAAAACAAAAAUAUAUAUGCAUGCAUUCUAUUAGCCAUCAGAAUGACAUCAACAUUACGCAUCCCAUAGUUUCUGGGAAGUUCCACAUCAUGACUAUGGGAGAAUGAGCGUGAAAAAGGCAAAUGAUGUAGCGGCGUGAUGAUGCCAGGUUUCGGCUUUUGUGGACCCCCUGAAAUGGUCAAUGGACAAUAGUAAAGACUGCUUGUUUAAAGAGUAUGCAAAGGAGGAGACCACCUUUUGAGAAGAUUUCAUGUCUUUCCCAAAGAAACUCUUUAUUAAACAGAUAUAUUUAUAAUGCC